CAGCAGCCAAACGAGCCACUCAACUCAGCCAGCUCAGCCACCCAACCACCCACACAAGCAAAACAACAAAAUGGGCAGCUGUUGCUCAAAGGAUUUGGAUGACAAGCGCUCAUGGAGUCCCGAAGAGACCAAAAAUGGCAGCACCACAUCGACUAUCAUAGCACAGCCCAUGGAUGAUGUGGGCAGCACAGGUGUCUUUACGUUAACGCGCUCAGCAACAGCAGAGAAACAACAAGAACAACUCACAGCAACCACAGGAACAACAACAACAGCAACAGCAACAACAACCACAGCCAAUGCUGUUGAUCCUGAUGUCAAGCAAUAGCUGCAACAACAUUCCAAAAACCUUAACCAAAUAUCAAUUUGCUUAGCCGUUUUUUGUUUUUUUUGUUUUUUACUUAACUCCAUAAUUUCUGUUAAA